AGAGAUUAAAAUAAACCCUAUCCCUCUCAAAGGAGCAGAGAAGGCUCCAAUGUCCCCGUUUGGAGUGUCUCUGCUGUCCGACACAGCCGUUGCGCCGCGCCGUGCUUUUUCUGUGGCGAGGGAAAUUCCCCGAAGUUCCCCCCUAGUGCGAGAGUUCCAUUCUUGCUGUUUACUUCGUCGUCGCUUUUGUGUAAAACAAAAAUGUCUGCCACUGAGGCUGCCCAGGCACUGAAGGCGAAAGGCAACGCCGCCUUUCAAGAAGGCAAAUACGAGGAUGCUGUUGGCUUCUUCACAGAGGCCAUCAAAUGCACGCCUGACGAUGCCGUUCUGUACUCUAAUAGAUCCGGCGCAUAUGCGUCUCUUAAUAAGCUCGAAGAGGCCCUGAACGAUGCGGAAAUGUGUGUCAAGUUGCGCCCUACAUGGGGAAAGGGGUACUCGCGGAAAGGCCUGGCUGAAUUUAGGAUGAUGAAGUAUAAAGAAGCUGAGGCAACGUAUCACAAAGGGCUGCAGGUUGACCCUACGAACGAGCAGCUCAAGGAGGGUCUCAACCAGGUGCAGCAGCAAACGGACCAGUUCUUCUCGAUGCAGGCAAUGCUCGCGGCUGCCCAAGCAGUCAACAAGCACCCCAAGCUGGCCAAGUACCAGCAGGAGGACCCGGAAUAUACACACCGUCUAACGGAGAUUUUGAAGCAAAUCCAGAAGAACCCGCAAUCGCUUAAACUCAUCAUGGCUCAGCCUGACGUGCGUGUCAAAGAGGGUGUCAUCGCAGCAAUGGGCGGAGACCUGGAAGAGGAAGAGGAGCUUCCUCAGAGCAGGACAGCUGCGGGACCGACGAGAGGAUCUGCUGAGAACGCGAGUGCUACCAAGGCAGCAGCAGGCGUGAAAGCGGCAGAACAGCCGGCGAAAGAACUCACAAAAGAAGAGCAGGAGGCGGAAGAGUUGAAACAGAAAGGCAAUGAACUGUACAAGCAGAAAAAAUUUGAGGCAGCCCUGGAGGCGUACGAUGAGGCCAUCGAGAAAAACCCCAACGAAAUUCUUUAUCUCAACAACAAGGCAGCGGUCUACAUGGAACUGGGCGACUACGAUAAAUGCUUGGCCGAAUGCCAGAAGGCACUUGACAAACGAUACGAGUGCAAAGCGGAUUUCUCCAAAGUUGCAAAGGUGUACUGCCGGAUGGCUGCAUGCAAAACUCGGUCUGGCGACUAUAGCGGGGCAAUCGCCAUGUAUGAGAAGGCGUUGUGCGAGGAUAACAAUCGUAUGACGCGCAACGCUCUCAAUGAGGUGAAGAAGCUAAAGGAGAAGAAGGAAAAAGAGGACUACAUCAACCCGGCGCUUGCGGAGCAGCACCGAGAAAAAGGCAAUGAAUACUUCAAACAGGGUGACUACCCUGCUGCAAAAAAAGAAUACGACGAGGCUAUCCGACGGAACCCUAAAGACGCGAAAUUGUACAGCAACAGAGCGGCAGCGUUAACCAAACUGUGCGAAUACCCUUCUGCGUUGCGGGAUGCUGACACAAGUGUUCAGGUGGAUCCGGCCUUCGUAAAGGGAUGGAGCAGGAAGGGAAACCUUCACAUGCUCUUGAAGGAGUAUCCCAAAGCUCUGCAGGCUUUUGACAAAGGCCUGGCGCUCGAGCCCACAAAUCAGGAAUGCAUCCAAGGAAAGAUGGCUGUCAUGAACAAAGUCCAACAACUCCAGAGCUCCGGAGAGGUUGAUCCGGAACAGAUGGCACACUCUCUGGCCGAUCCGGAGAUCCAAGCAAUUCUGAAAGAUCCACAGAUGAACAUCGUUUUGAUGAACAUCCAGGAGAAACCUGAGUUGAUUCAUGAGUAUCUGCGAGACCCGAAGAUCAAAGACGGAAUCAACAAGCUCAUCGCAGCUGGCAUUCUGCGGGUCGCUUGAUGACGUCUUUCUUGGUCUCGGUGGGUGGGUGGGUGGCGAUGCUCUUUUUUUCAUUCACACUCGAUCAGUGCCAAGCAGUUUCGCCGAUUGAGUUAUUUCUGGUCCCCGUGGAUAGUCAGCCUUCGCUCAUGAGCCUAUGGGUUUUUUCUAAGAGAGGCUACGAAUUCUUGAAUAUUGCAAGGGGCCGCCUCCAGAGGGUAUUGUUUUGAGGGCAUGUGUCCUUCCAUCAAACAUCAUCUGCUUUGAGUACGUUUUCCGGGAUCUCGAAACACAAUAUCCUGCGGCGCUGAUAUUCCCGACAGAAAGGGGGCUUGGUGGACGGCAAAAGCAAUCUACAUAUGUUCUCGAUUUGUUACCCAAUCCUGGUAGCAGCAGGCUUUCGCACAAAUGGUCCGUUGUCAUACAAUGGAAACGCUGGGAGACGGGGGGGGAAGGACAAUAGGUGAGAGUCAUCCAGUAGUGAUUUAAUACGUAGUCUCGUCAUUUAUUAUGUUGCUCUUCCAAACCAACGACUUAACAUCAAGGGUGUUUUUGUGCCAAGAACGUUUCCUGCGUCGGAGCGGUUGCUCCGACUAAAAUUCCCCACUUGUGUGUGUCUGUGACGUGCCCCAUGAAAUGUGGUGUCCAAGACGCACAUUUCGUAUAUUGCCUGAGGCUAGUGACACAAAUGCAUGUCACCCUCCCUGUAGUAUCACUUGUCUUUGCAUUGCACUUGGAUAGGCCUAUGCUCAUAUAAACAGUCGAAAUUAUCUCAACGAACGGCGUUCAGCAUAGUGAAUGUGCAACUAUGCAUGCAUGUAUACACUACACUAAAGUGAUGUUAACUUUACAC